AACCCCUCCUCCUCACAGCCUCCUCACCAAACACCUUCUCUCUCUCUCUAGAAAUACCAGUUUCUCUUCAGACAGUAAGAGAGAGAAGAAGGAAGAGGAGGAGAGAGAGACAACAGCAAUGGCUCUCACAAACCCAGCAACCCUGUCCUCCAAAUCAAUCUGCAAAAUUCACUCUCUCUCCCCUCCCACCCCUCAGUCUCACCAACCCAUUUUCUCCCCAUUUCCUUCCAAGAAAAAGAACCUCCACCCCAUCUCCGCCUCCGCCGACUCCGGCAAGUCCCCCGUCGUCGCGGAGAAGCCUCCAAAGGCCGCUGCGGCGCCCGCGAAGUCGGUUUCCGGAAAAUGGAGCUUGGACAGCUGGAAAUCCAAGAAGGCCCUGCAGCUUCCGGAGUACCCGGAUGUGAACGAGCUGGAGACGGUGCUAAAGACCAUCGAGUCAUUUCCUCCGAUUGUGUUCGCCGGAGAGGCCAGGCACUUGGAGGAGAAGCUCGCCGAGGCGGCCCUGGGAAAUGCUUUUCUGUUACAGGGCGGCGACUGCGCUGAGAGCUUCAAGGAGUUCAGCGCCAACAACAUUAGGGACACCUUCAGAAUCAUGCUUCAGAUGGGUGUUGUUCUGAUGUUUGGAGGACAAGUGCCUGUUAUCAAGGUGGGAAGAAUGGCGGGUCAGUUCGCGAAGCCAAGAUCAGCGGAGUUUGAAGAGAAGAAUGGGGUGAAGUUGCCGGUUUACAAAGGGGAUAACAUCAAUGGUGACGCUUUUGAUGAGAAAUCUAGAAAUCCAGACCCCCAGAGGUUGAUAAGAGCUUAUUGCCAAUCUGCGGCAACUUUGAACCUUCUUCGGGCCUUUGCCACCGGAGGGUAUGCUGCUAUGCAGAGGGUUACUCAAUGGAAUCUUGAUUUCGCUCAGCACAGCGAGCAGGGAGAUAGGUACCAGGAACUGGCUAGCAGGGUCGACGAGGCUUUAGGGUUCAUGAAUGCUGCUGGACUUACAGUUGAUCAUCCUAUCAUGACAACAACUGAUUUCUGGACAUCCCAUGAAUGUCUGCAUCUGGCCUAUGAGCAAUCACUCACCAGAUUGGAUUCUACUUCCGGUCUGUACUAUGAUUGCUCCGCCCACAUGCUUUGGGUUGGUGAGCGUACCCGGCAACUGGAUGGUGCCCAUGUAGAGUUCCUAAGAGGACUUGCCAAUCCCAUCGGCAUCAAGGUGAGCAAUAAAAUGGACCCAAAAGAUCUUGUUAACAUCAUCGAAAUCCUGAACCCUAGUAACAAGCCAGGAAGGAUCACAAUCAUUGUUAGAAUGGGUGCUGAGAACAUGAGAGUCAAGCUUCCUCAUUUGAUUAGGGCUGUCCGCCAAGCAGGGCAGAUUGUGACCUGGGUCUCCGAUCCAAUGCAUGGAAACACUAUCCAGGCACCCUGUGGACUCAAAACACGUCCAUUUGAUUCAAUCUUGGCUGAGGUACGAGCAUUCUUUGAUGUGCACGAACAAGAAGGGAGCCACCCAGGAGGAAUUCAUUUGGAGAUGACUGGGCAGAAUGUGACAGAGUGCAUUGGAGGCUCGCGAACAGUGACUUUUGAUGAUCUGAGCUCACGUUACCACACCCACUGCGACCCGAGGCUCAAUGCUUCUCAGGCUCUUGAGCUAUCCUUCAUCAUUGCAGAACGACUUAGGAAGAGAAGAAUGGGAACUCAGCGUUUGCCCUCGUUAAACCUCUAAACAAAACAUCAAAGUCGUGCAUUAUAUCAAAUGAUUGGAAACCGUGGUGUAUUCGGUAGAAAAUAAAAGUGGUAUGGAUUAUCCAGCAAACUGCAUAUUGCUCCACCUGCAGAUUAGCGAUAAGAGAGUCGAAACAGUUCAGAGAAGCAGGAUCAACGAUGAGAAAGUUGAGCUCUGGAUCGAAAAAUGUCGAGUACUAUAUAUAUAUUCCCAAGUUACUUUUGGUUGUGCAGAUUGGAUUGCAGGGUGCUGGCGAUCAAAGCUUGUACAAUGCCAUAAUUUAAUUUGUUGUAUUUCGGAUUUGAAUUUGUCUUAUUUAUGGAUGCAGUUCUUUUUCCUUUU